GUUGCCAUGGCGAGGCCGCUCCCGGCGCGAUGCGCCGUGCGACAUGCUGAGAGGGGCGGGCGGCUCGCGGGGGUGCCUGGCGUGGCCAUGGCCUUCCCGGGGCACAGGCCCCAGCUGUACCGCUGGCGGCGCCUCACCGCCGGGGCCAGACCGGAGCCAAGGUUUGACUCUGAUAACUUGGAACACUGGAUUAAGAGAGUGGAGCAAACCUCUGAGUAUGCUGUCUCUGAAGCUUUUUCCCUUCAAAAGUCAAGGUAUUCACAGGGGCCUUGUGGUCCUGUGAUGAGUGUGGAAACCGUGGAACAGCUGCAAGAUCAUGAUGAGGCCUGUGAGGAAGCCCAAGAGCUGCUCAGUAACUGGAUGAAGUCCGAACUACAACUGGAGCUGAUGAGAGAUGGAGAAGAGGAGGUUGACUCUGUCCUCCUGGAAAAGCCUUCUGCAGCCCCUCUGAAGUAUGAGCGGUUUGAUGACUUGUGCAGCUAUCUGGAACAUGAAUUGGAAAGUUCUUCUGUCCAAGAAUACCUGCAGCAUCUUUUGCAGAGUGAAGUUGUGAACUGUGGGAUAGUGGAAGACCUCAGACUUGAAGACAUCAAGGAAAAACAAAAACUUGCAGAUCCACGAAUAAUCAUGGAGCUCAGACACAAACAGGUGAAAGAAAACCGAAUGAGGCGUCAGAAAGCAUUAGAGCUUCAGAGACAAGAAGAGGCCCUGAAGAAAUCAGUUCUGUCUGAGGCCAAGCUCAAAGCACAGGAGGAGGACAGGAGGAAGGCUCUGAAGGCCCAGAAGGAGGAAGAGGAGAUCCAGAGGGAAAUGGUGAAGCUGCGAAAGGAAAUGGCUGAGAAGAGGCACAUCAUGGCAGAAGCACGGAGAACGGAGGGGAAGAGACAAGAAAAAAGUCAGAAGCUGUCAUUGCAGGAGGUACCUAUUACUGCGUCACCACCCCCAGUCCUGAAGAAAGAAGAGCAAGGAGAGGAGAAACAGAGAAAGGCUCAAGAGCUGCUGUGCAGGAUUCACACCAAUAAGCAGAGAUGCAUGCAACGACAUUUCUCUGCUUGGCUGAAAGUCAUUCUGGAGCACAGAAUUAAAAUGGGAAAAGCCAGAGUCCUUGCUGACUGGAAAUGCCAACUGAAGGCCCUGCGAGCCUGGAGAAACUAUACUUGGGCCCAGAAAGUAGAGCAGGAGGCACAACAAUUGGAAGUUCAUCUCCAAGAUCAAAACAGGAAAACACAACUGUCUGUGGAGCAUAACCAGCGACGGCUUUUGCGCUGCUGCUUUCUGGCAUGGCAGCGCUGGAGCCAAGCGGAGACAGAAAAGCGGGAGCUGCAGAUUAAGAGGGAGGAGACGAAGAGAAAGAUGGCACAGCUGCUGGAGAGAAUGUCACUGGGGAAGGAUGGUCUGGACAGGCCACUGGAGGUUAACAAGCUUGGGACAGCAGAAGUAAACCAUCAUCAAGAUUUGCAGCAAGACAAGCCAAUUGAAACUUGCCUCAGAAAGAAAGAACCUGACCAGACUAGACACCACUCUUGUUGGGAUGCUGCUGACACAUCUCAUUCCUACAGGAAACCCAAAUUUGCCUCAGAGAUUACCCUAAAACACGCAGUCCCAAGUGCCCAGGACCAGGCUGUGUACAGGAAUCAAAUAGCCACUCUCCCCCAGCAGUUUCAGGCACCUGGUACAAAGACAGCUCCUGCUUAUGGUAGCCAUUUUGAGUACUGUCAUGCCUUCCAGCAACAUCUGAUUGAGGAGCAGAGGCAGCAGCUUCAGAAACAGCAAGAGGUGAUCCUUGAACUGCAAGAAAGUCAGAGGCUGAGCAGAGCUAAAGAAGAGGCAGCACAAGCCAUGGCUGUAACCCAGCCACUUAACAACUCUGGUUCACAAACCAGGGAGGAAAAAACGAAGAGGGAAAAACAAUACAGAUGCAAGAAUACAACCCAUUUGAGUCCUCCUGUUUCUCAUGGGCCAGAAAACACAAGAGCAGUGAUGCAAGGCAGAAGGCCCUCCAGCCAGCUGACCUCAGCUCAUCCUAUACUGAAAGCUAUGGAGGACAGAGCAACUCAGCGUGCAGAACAGAGGAGGAAACUAGAAGCAGCCAAACAACGAAGAGAAGAGGAAAAAUUGGCCCAGCUGAAGGCUGAAGAGGAAGAACAACAGAAGAAGGAGGCCGAGGAAAAGGAAAAACGACGGGAGGAGAGAAGGCAGCAGAAGCUGAAAGAGCUGGAGAAGCAGAGGAGGCUGGAGAAAGAGCAGCAGCUCCAGAAAAAGGCCAGAGAUCACUAUGAGAAGGUCCUGCUCAGAAGGCUGGGAAUGGUGCCAUGGAAAAGGCUGAGGGAGCAAGCCAAGGAAAACCUGGUGGUGGCACAAAGGCACCACUGCUUGGGCCUGCAGAGGAAAUGCCUGAUGACUUGGCUCCAGGACACCCAGGGCAGCCUCACGGAGAAGGUGUCUCGGGCUGAGGACUUCUAUUCCCAUACGCUGCUGAGGCGGGGCUUCAGGAACUGGCUAAAGUACAACAAUUAUCUCUCCACUCUGGAGGAGAGAGCGAGUACCCUCCAUGCAGCCUGCCUCAUGAGGAAGUACUUCUGGGCAUGGUUUGAUCUGAUUGUGGAGGAAAAGAAUACUUUAUGGGAGAAGCUGAAGAUUGCUACUGAACACAGGCACAAGAGACUCAUGCUGAAUGCAUUCAAGGCAUGGAGGCAGUACCCAUUACUGGUGAAAAAGGAAAGAGAGAGAGAGGAAAGGAGAAAUCAGCUACGCAGGAGAGUAGCUGAAAUUCUCCCUGACUUCCAAACAUGACAGAAGAGAGGCAAAGGAGACUGGAAAAUGGGACAAGAAGACUGAUUCUGUUCAGCGCUAUCUUCCUACUGACUGAAACAAAUCCAGGGGGAAGUCCUGUCCAGUGCAAAGGGCCUUACAGCCAAAGGAGACUCCCUGGGGCCACUGCUGUUGUGAACUAAGUGUAUAUGGAAAUUUCUCUGACGGUUUCACUUUGCACUUAGGGGGGUUAUUCCCCACAAGGUUCUCCUCGUGUGAAGUCUCUGUAGGGGUGUCUUGGCUGGUGGCAGCAAGGCCUAGGUAACCAAAGCCUAGCACAGGGGGUGUUUCAGGCCAAGACCGUUUCUACAUGCAGAGCUGCAGCACUGACAUGAAUCCUCCUCCAUCACAGGAAGCACAGAACUGAACUGCACCUAUUUUUCCUUAAGCAGUAACCUGGUGCUUUUCUGUUGCCAGUACUCUGUAGAGUGACACAGCUUGAUCACAGAGCAAACAGACCUGACUGUCAGCUGAGCCCUAACCACUACUGCAAAUUUGGCCACCUAGAGAACAGUUUCUAGCUAACUGUGCCAGGAAAGUUUGGAUGGGAGGAGGAGAGAGGAGAGCUAUUUAUGCAAAUGGUAUUUGCUAAUGGUCCAGAUCACAGCAUCACAUAUGGACAAUCUAAAACCUGGAUUCCUUUUGAAGGGACUGCCUAGUUCGCAGCACUGGCCAGCUCACAAGCACAGUGCUUUGAUUUUGGUGGCAAGCGGUGAUUCCAGGUUUAUGAGCCUCUAUCUUCUUGUCAUUUAAACAUUUUCCGAGCUGGUUAGCUGUAGUAUGUAGGGAUGUAUAGUGCAAGUCUGUCUGGGCCUUUUCACUUGAUCCAGCACUUCAAAAAAAACAAAAAUCCAAGAAAAAGGUGGACUGUAUUUUUACAUAAGCUAAAGCUGACAUGAUUAAAGUUUCUUAUCACUGUUUAACAGCAUUACCCUAUCGGCACUAUGCUGCAGGUUAAGGUACAGCAUGUCUUGUCUUCGCAACAGCAUAAGGCAGGGAUCUGGAAUUGCUUCCCCCUCACAACAGGAUAGGCAAAGUUCUCUCCAAAAGCAUUUGGCAGUACAGGGAACACUUAGGUAACACCAGGAAGACGACGGUUUACUGUUAUCCCUUGUACUGGAUAAUUUUUAAAUCCUGUAUAUGCAUUGAAAGUUUCCAAUAAAC